UCCUCGGUUUUCUGUUAAUCCAGACUUUAAAAGCCGGUUUUCUUGUUCGUGUUUUAGUUAUGGUUGGGGUUGUGGUUGAGAGCAGAUCCAACGUUCAACUUGCAGCACAAGUUCAUGAAGAAUAUUCUGGAAGACUUCGAAUUUAUUCAGACAUUUUUAAAUGUUUAGAGAGAAAUAAAAAAGUUGAAUUUCGACGUUUUGUUUUGGAUGUUUUAAAUGUAUCUCCCCAAUUCUGCUCCAUUACUCAAAUUCUGAUUUUUUUAGACAGUCAACUUUCCCCAAUAUUAACUUUACUCAGUCAAACGCCUUCCUUCGGUUUAGCAAUGUCAAAUAAUUUACAAUUACAAAAUAUGAUUACCAGAAUUUUGGAAAGAGCAAAUACAAAUUCCCUUUUUAGAAUAAUUGAAUUUAUUGGGUCUUUUUUAAAUGUUUAA